AAUCAGUGCCCAACGUUUGUUAGUAUAAAGACACAAUUUUUCAAAGAAUCCGUUUGUGCCCAAUUGUUGUUUUGGUCAUGAGAGGGACAACCUGACACGCAACCGAACCUAUGUCCAAAAGACAACUUCAAUCCUAUUUAAAUAAAGCUCCAAAUUCAGAGACACCACACCUGAGUUGUUGCCUUCUCAUGUUAUUUUGUGAUGAGUUUUGAGUAUUUGCCUUUCUUUACUCCGUUUUUUGUUUGUUUCAUGAUUUGAAUUGAGUUUUUACUCACUCAUGAUCCCUUUGAUACACUCAGUUGACUUUUGUCAGGGCUGGAUCAUGUCAUGUGCUAUUUAUUUAUUUUAACUAUGGCUAAUGUGUAGAAUCAAAUUAACCAGCUAGGUGCUAGUAGAAAUCGCGGGGAUUUGAUUUUCAUGUGAUUCUUAUGUAUGAAUUGGAUGGUUUCUGGUCUUCUGCAAGACUUUCCAAAUAAAUAUGUGGACUUUGACUCACUUGGCUUAUCUAUGACUUUGUUGUGUUUCUUGGCAUAAACCAUAAAUGAAUCUUAUGCUUUUUUCGUUGGUUUGAGAUGGAUGAGGAUGAUGAAGGAAAGCUAUGUGAUUUUGCUCUCUUUUCAAGAAUCAAAGAGCAAUUAGAGUGAUUGUGAUAUGAUGGUGAUCAGAGAGGAGAGGGGUGUGAAGCCCGUUCUACUGAAAUUUGGUUUGGCUUUGGCUGUUUCAUUUGCUGGAUUUCUCUUCUCACGCCUCAGAAUCAGAAGAAUCAAGCCCCCAAAGUCACGCAAGGGGCGUUCUUUCGGUCAUGAGAGUGAAGUUAACGUAGGAGGAGGAAUAGGGGCAAAAUUAGGUACUUGCAAAGCCAUUUCAGAGGGAAAUUUUCUAUGUACUGAAGAAACAUGCAUGAACAGGGUGAUAAGUGACAAUUCUCCUGUGGCUCUCUCUCCUGACGCUGAUAGUAUACAAACUGGAUAUAAAGAUGAGUUCCUCCUACCUGAAUUUGACGAUCUUGUUAAGGAAGUAGACUUAGGAGCCACCAUUGUCAGAAAUUCUUUUAUAAGUAAUAUGGAAGCACCCAGGUUAAAAAUAGGAUCUUCUAUAGCUUAUGUAGGUCCUGAGAAAGAUGACUAUGAGCAAGAGAUAAGUCAACUCAGGAACAUGAUUAGAAUGCUUCAAGACAGGGAACAAAGGCUUGAAGUUCAACUGCUUGAGUACUGUGGUCUUAGAGAGCAAGAAACAGCAGUGAUGGAGCUACAAAACAGAUUGAAAGUAAGUAAUAUUGAGGUAAAGAUGUACAAUCUGAAGGUUAAGACCUUACAGUCUGAGAAUUGGAGAUUAAAGGAACAGGUUGCUGAUAAUGCAAAAGUGCUGGCUGAGCUUGAGACUGCAAAAGCGAAAGUCAAAUUGCUUGAUGAGAAAAUCAGAUAUGAAGCUGAACAGAAUAGGGAGCAGAUCAUAACUCUUCAACAAAAUGUUGCUAGGUUGCAAGACCAAGAGUGCAAAGAUGUUGCUUGUGAUCAAGAUAUUCAAAUAAAGCUGCAAAAGCUAAAGGAUCUCGAAGAUGAAGCAGAAGAGUUGAGGAAAUCUAAUUUAAGAUUGCAGAUAGAAAAUUCUGACUUGGCUGGAAGAUUGGAUUCUACCCAGAUUCUUGCAAAUGCAUUUCUGGAUGACCCAGCGGUAGAUGCUGUGAAGAAAGAAAACGAGUGUAUUAAACAAGAAAAUGUGCGCUUGAUGAAGGAAAUUGAGCAACUUCAAUCUGACAGAUGUUCAGAUCUUGAGGAGUUAGUAUAUAUGAGGUGGAUAAAUGCUUGCUUACGAUAUGAACUAAGAAAUCAUCAAGCCCCACCUGGUAAAACAAUUGCAAAGGACUUAAGCAGAAGCUUAAGCCCUGCAUCUGAGAAGAAAGCCAAGCAACUUAUACUUGAAUAUGCAAAUGCUGAUGGACCAGAGAGCAUUGUGGACUUUGAUAUAGACCAAUGGUCUUCCUCCCAUGCUUCUUCUCUCACUGACUUUGGAGAGUGUGAUGAUUUUUCUUCUGCUGAUAAUUCAUCUGCUGCCAGAGCCAGAACUAACACCACACGCCAGACCAAGCUUUUUAGCAAGCUUAGCCAACUGAUACAAGGUAAAGAUAGUAGUCAUCACCAUAGUCAUGUUUCAUCACAAGAAAAAUCUGGAUAUCAAGAUAUCAAUCCUCCACAGCUGAGUACAUCAACUGGAACCGAGGCUCUUAGGAGUGAGUUUUCUACUUCCAUUGUAACAUCUAGAACUUCCUUUGAUUUCUCAAAUUUUGCGAGUAUGAAGGAAGGAGAUAGGAGAAAUUCAGAUAGCAUUGCCAUGGGAGGCUCAAAUAAAUUCAGUGCACGAAAAAAAGGUUCCUUCUCAGAUUCCUUAGGCAUGGAAAAAUAUGAUUUGGAGAAGUAUGCCGAAGCUUUAAAAGAUUCUAGCUUGAGUGUUAGACAUCAAAGGCGUAGAAGAUCAGCAUCAUGUAGUUAGUUUAUUGUAAGUUAUUAUUAAUACACAGAUUUAACCUUUUUCGACUGUGAAUAUUAUGUAUUAGAAAUUUAGGUGGUACAGUAGACAGUGUAAAUAAGCCGUUAGGUCCAGUUCAGACACCAUCCGUAUAUUGAAUAAGAAUACAUUUUUAAUCUUUGCCAAUAUUUCAA